AGCUCAGUAGCGGAUCGAAAGCAGACAGGGGAUGGGACCUCAGCGAUCUCGAAAGGAGGUCAGGACACUUCCUCUUCUGGCACCAUCUCCGCCGCUGCAGCAGGCCCUGCUGUCAGCAGCCCGACCAUACCCAUAGGCUUCGGUGCUAACAAUCUCGCAGCACCAGGCCAGAGGCUGCCUCGGCAAAAUCUCGUGAUUCGGGCCAUGGUAUCACUUGGAUGGGCCGCGCGAUCGCCAGAAUCUUUGGUGCCGGAUGAAAGGUCUCGGCUGCAGCGUGAGAUGGCCCGACUUGCACCAAUGGAUGACGCAAUGAGGCGCUCCAUCGGCAGUCAACAGAACGGGCUGGAACCAGACAUCAGUGCUCUGCAAGCCGCUGCCAAAGCCCAACAAGACGCUAAGCACGCACCUGUCACCAAUAAGCGUCCGCGACAAGUGUCGUUCUCGAUGCAUCAGCAAGGAGCGGAAGGCUCAUCGAGCGAGGCCGGCCCUUCAGAUCUUCGAAAACAUCCUCCGCAAAACCCGCAGCAGCGCAGCUAUGAUGCGUCACAGCAAGUACACACGGCAAAUCCACGAAGCCCUUCACCGCAUUUGGGGCGUACGCCAUCUCCGAUCUCGAUGGAGAAUAUGCCAAGCGUUGGAACUUUAGCUGAGCAAGCGCGCGAUUUCGAACAACAGCAGGCCCUGGCCCGGAGCCUGCAGCAUCAGUCGAGGACCAUGAUGAAUUCAGCACCUCGGACGCCAGGCCCGCCACCACCAGAAGGUCCACCUUGGCAAUUUGGAGAUUUGCUUGGUGUCCCUCGCGAGCUUCACCUUCCCAGUCAUCCUCAAAGUCACGCCUCAGGCAGCGCCACUAUGUCUAAAUCGGAUUCGGCCUUUGAAAGAGCUACUGCCGACGCGCGAUCACAGCUGACGGCUCAAAUCCAAUCACUGCAGAAUCAGAGCCCUAACGGGGUGCGGACACCAGGGACCGAGGCUCAAAUCCAUCAACUUAGAAGGCUGCAAGGACGACUGGCACAGCAGAAUACUUCCAGAAGUCCUACUAUGCCAGAAACACCUCCGCGCUCGGACAUUGUUGUCAAUGCGGCCCAUUUGCGAACGCCAGGAUCUUCGGGUACAUCUCAGUCCAACGCUUUCCACUUUAUGGGACCGCCGUACGACUCGAGUCCGUCGAACUGCCAUUUCGAGCCUCACGUGGCAGUCCCGCUCACAAAUCAUCAUCUCAACGAGAAUGACAAUGAACGGGGACAAUACCAAGGUAGUGGUGCGGUGACGACAUCGUCAGCACCAAUGAGCAUGCCCGUCUUCUCAGGACAGCAGCAACAUCUUCCAAACCAUCCGAACAUGCAAAAUAUCGCCUCGAGUGGCUUUGCUCAUCAUGGCGAUCCUUUUGACGGUCUUGCCCCUCUGCUGGUGCAUCAGGAUCCGAAUUACGCCGCCACCAGCGGCAUCGACUUCUCUUUCGGUCAAGAUCCCCGGCUCUUGCCUCCGUGAAAGGCUCCGGUCGGGGCUUCCCACCUUCGCACCGGAGCUCGACAACAUUUCCUGCCCAGCGCGCCGUGGCUCAGAUGGCUCGUCUCUCAGCUCGGCGUGAUGCGCCACUGUGGAACCUUCGAGCACCUUUUUGCAGCCAUUCCAGUCCAUCCACCUCGCGUCUUCGCAAACCUAGUCAUCCUUGCUAUGCUCACUGCGUCUUUGCUACCUGC